AUGGCCGCCUGCUAUUAAUGCUCGCUGGAAUUAUUAUUAUUAUUCUUUAAAAUUUUAAUCACUGUUGUACUGUUUGCAAGGGCUGGCAACUAUUGGAAAAAUACAUAACAAUUGACAGUACUGCAUCACACAAUCAUGUUGUAUUGGGCGGCUUUGAUCCUGUUGCAACUAGCAUUACAGGUGUUUGCAGUGCAGGGAGGGGAUGCAGCAGCAGCAGAAGAAGAUUUUUGGAGUUCUCCUUAUUACACGUGUUUCAUAUCGCUAUGGCAAAACAGAGUCUGCAUUUACUCUGUGGGAGGUGUGUGCGUUGCUAUUUGGAUGCUUCUUCGGAUGAGUCUGACUAAGAAGACAGAGAUCAGUACAAUGGGCUCUGGAACUUCAUCCAGCAGUCACAUGAAGGAAAAUGUCCAUUCGGUCCAGAAAGAGCAGGAGAUUCAUGUUUCAGGGGUGAAGAUAUUCUUUGGGUCUCAAACUGGAACAGCGAAGGGGUUUGCACAAGAUCUUGCCAAGGACGUGGAGACUCUGGGCCUGCCUGCUGAAGUCCAUGACCUGAAGGGUUAUGAUCCGGAUGACAGUCUGCCAGAUGAGACUACAAGCAAAGCUGUUUGUGUGUUCAUCCUGGCUACUUACACAGACGGACAGCCCACAGAGAAUGCAGAGUGGUUCUGUAAGUGGCUGCAGGAAGCAUCGAAUGAUUUCCGAUAUGGCAAAUCAUACCUAAAAGGUGUGAGAUACGCAGUGUUUGGAUUGGGAAACUCUGUUUACGUCGGCCACUACAACACUGUGGGUAAGAAUGUGGACAAGUGGCUGUGGAUGCUGAGUGGCAGCCGGAUCAUGACCCGUGGGCAGGGAGACUGCAAUGUGGUGAAGAGCAAGAGCGGCAGCGUGGAGGGAGACUUCAGGGCGUGGAAAUCCAUGUUCCUGAGCCGCCUGCAGGCUCUUGUGAAGGGAGAGAAGCAAGCUUGCAGUGGGGACUGUAAGAAGGGAAAGUGCAAGAAUAAGAAACACCAGCACAGAGAGGAGAAGGAGCAGAACGCCGGGGCGCAGGAGGAGCACAGUUCAGAGGAGAUUUUUGAGACCAGCAGCGAGGAAGACUCCAGUCACGAGGAAGAAGCCUCUCGGGGAUCUGUGAUUGAUGUUGAAGAUCUGGGAAAUGUCAUGAACCAUAUGAAGAAAAUCAAGAAAAAAAACGAGACCGAGGUCAAGCUGUCGAAGCAGGGUCCCGUGAAAAGCGAGGACGCAGAGGCACGGGAAAUGAUCACACCGGCUCUUCGGGACGCCCUCACAAAGCAAGGUUAUAGGCUGAUUGGAAGUCACUCUGGUGUGAAGCUCUGUCGGUGGACCAAGUCUAUGCUGAGAGGUAGGGGUGGCUGCUACAAGCACACUUUUUAUGGGAUUGAGUCUCACCGCUGCAUGGAAACUACUCCUAGCCUCGCCUGUGCCAACAAAUGCGUGUUCUGCUGGAGACAUCACACUAAUCCAGUGGGCACAGAGUGGCGCUGGAAGAUGGACCAGCCUGAGAAGAUCCUGCAGGAGGCCAUUGAGAACCACCAGAACAUGAUCAAGCAGUUCAGAG